UCCUCCUCUCUUAUGCUUUAGCUGCAUGUCGCUCAGUCAGUCAGUCAGUCAGUUAGUGGCCCCGGUUCGCUGCGCCUGCGUCCGCCUCCACAGCUCUCCAAAAGCCGAGACGCGCCACCGCCGCCGCCAAUGCGGGCAUGACAUACUGGCAGCUGUAGUGGGCUUCCGUCAGCCCGCUUUUAAGCAGAUUACAGAAGGAGAAGAAGAGGAAUAAGAGUAGAAGAGAGUGAAGUGACUCAUUUUCUACCCCUGCCGUGCGUCGAGAAGAGUAGAUGAGUCAAUGGCAGGGGCACAGCCUGGAGUUCAUGCGCUGCAGCUCAAGCCAGUGUCCGUGCCCGAGAGCCUCAAAAGGGGCAACAAAUUUAUGAAAUGGGAUGAUGAUUCUACCACUGUGACCCCGGUGACUCUAACGGUUGACCCCAAAGGUUACUUCUUGUAUUGGACCGACCAGAACAAGGACACAGAUCUGCUGGAUAUAGCGUACAUAAAAGAUGCCAGAAAUGGAAAGUGCACCAAAUCACCAAAGGAAGCCAAGCUGCGUGAGCUACUGGAUGUCAGCACACUGGCGGGGAAGAUGGAGAACAGGAUGCUGACGGUGGUGAGCGGCCCCGACAUGGUCAACAUCACCUACCUGAACUUCAUGGCCUUCCAGGAGGAGACGGCCAAGGAAUGGGCGGAAGAGCUGUUCAACCUGGCCUCUAACCUCUUGGUGCAGAACAUGUCCAGAGAGGACUGCCUUGAGAAAGCAUACACUCGGCUGAAGCUGCAGCUCAACCCUGAGGGGCGAAUCCCCGUCAAGAAUAUCUUCAGGCUGUUCUCAUCAGACAGGAAGCGAGUGGAGACGGCCCUGGAAAACUGUAACCUCCCUUCUGGCAGAAAUGAUUCCAUCCCCCAGGAGGAUUUCACUCCAGAGGUCUACAACAUGUUCCUGAGCAACAUCUGCCCUCGAUCUGAGCUGGACCACAUCUUCUCUGAUGUGGGGGCUAAGAGUCGUCCGUACCUCUCUGUGGAGCAGAUGACAGAGUUUAUUAACAGUAAACAGCGAGACCCUCGUCUGAACGAGAUACUCUACCCUCCUCUCAAACCGGAACAGGUCCAGCUGCUGGUGGACAAAUAUGAACCCAAUGCUUCGCUGGCACAGAAAGGUCAGAUCUCGUUGGAGGGCUUUGCCAGGUAUCUAAGUGGGGAGGAGAACACCAUCAUCCCCCCUGAGAAGCUGGACCAGAGUGAAGACAUGACCCUUCCCCUCUCUCACUAUUUCAUCAACUCCUCACACAACACAUACCUCACAGCCGGCCAGCUCGCAGGGAACUCGUCAGUCGAGAUGUACAAACAGGUUCUCCUGUCAGGGUGCCGCUGCAUCGAACUGGACUGCUGGAAGGGUCGCACCACAGAAGAAGAGCCCGUCAUCACUCACGGCUUCACCAUGACAACUGAAAUCUCCUUCAAGGAGGUGAUCGAGGCCAUAGCAGAGUGUGCCUUCAAGACCUCGCCCUUCCCCAUCAUCCUGUCUUUUGAGAACCACGUGGACUCACCGAAGCAGCAGGCUAAGAUGGCUGAAUACUGCCGGUCAAUAUUUGGAGACGCAUUACUGACAGACCCUCUGGAGAAAUAUCCUCUGGAGUCCGGUGUGCCGCUGCCGAGCCCGAUGGAGCUGAUGGGCAAGAUCCUGGUGAAGAACAAGAAGAAGCACCACAAGACAGACGGGAGCACCAAGAAGAAACUGUCGGAGCAGGUUUCCAACACCUACAGCGAUUCUUCCAGUGUGUGUGAGCCCUCCUCGCCCAGUGCAGGUUCGACCAAAGAAGAGAUGGCAGAUUCCUCACAGCCUUCAGAGGGUGCCGAGCUCAGCCUGAGGCCGCACGGCAGAAAAUCUAUCGGUGAGGUGGAGGCAGAGAGUGAGGAUGAAGACGACGACGACGACGACUGUAAAAAAGGCUCGAUGGAUGAGGGUACGGCAGGCAGUGAGGCCUUUGCCACAGAGGAAAUGUCCAACCUGGUCAUCUACAUCCAGCCAGUCAAGUUUAACAGCUUCGAGGCUUCCAAAAAGAUCAACCGCAGUUACCAGAUGUCGUCCUUCGUAGAGACCAAAGCUUUGGAGCAACUGACCAAAUCUCCUGUAGAGUUUGUGGAAUACAACAAACUGCAGCUGAGCAGGAUCUACCCUAAAGGCACCAGAGUGGAUUCAUCCAACUACAACCCUCAGCUCUUCUGGAACGCCGGCUGUCAGCUGGUGGCUCUCAACUUCCAAACAAUUGAUUUGUCCAUGCAGUUGAACCUGGGCAUGUACGAGUACAACGGGAAAUGUGGCUUCAGACUCAAACCGGAGUUUAUGAGGCGGCCGGACAAACACUUUGACCCUUUCACUGAGAGCACAGUGGAUGGGAUAGUCGCAAACACUCUGUCUGUAAAGAUCAUCUCAGGCCAGUUUCUGUCAGAUAAGAAAGUAGGCACGUACGUUGAGAUCGACAUGUUCGGCUUACCAGUGGACACCAAGAGGAAAGCAUUCAAGACCAAGACAUCUCAAGGCAACGCUAUCAACCCAGUCUGGGAAGAGGAGGCCAUUGUCUUCAAGAAGGUUGUUCUGCCCACACUGGCUUCAAUAAGGAUAGCCGUGUUUGAAGAAGGAGGGAAGUUCAUCGGCCACCGAAUCAUUCCAGUGUCAGCCAUCCGUCCAGGCUAUCGCUACAUCAGUCUAAGGAACGAGAAGAACCAGUCCCUGACUCUGCCUGCUCUGUUUGUGUAUGUAGAAGUAAAGGACUAUGUCCCAGACACAUUUGCAGACGUCAUCGAAGCCUUGUCCAAUCCCAUCCGCUAUGUCAACCUGAUGGAGCAGAGAGCCAAUCAGCUGGCUGCUCUCACUUUGGAGGAGGGAGGAGAGGAGGAGGGCGACAAAGAGGUGGAGGCAGGAAGUGAUGCCCCCUCAGAGUCUAAGGUGGACCAGAGGGUGACGUUGCCUGCGGAGAACGGACUGAGCCACACACCCAUCAUCGCCCCAAAACCCCCUUCACUGGUCGGCCACCAGCCCCAGUCUGCAGGUUCAUUGAAACCAUCAGUGAAGACUGAAGACAUCAUUCAGAGUGUCCUCACUGAGUUAGAGGCUCAGACGGUGGAGGAGUUGAAGCAGCAGAAGGGUUUUGUUCGAGAGCAGAGGAAGCAGUACAAGGAGAUGAAGGAGCUGGUCCGGAAACAUCACCGCAAAACCAGCGAGCUGAUCAAAGAGCACACGGCCCGUGUGUCCGAGCUACAGAGCCAGCACCAGCGGCGGCGCUCUGCCCUGCAGAAGAGCCACAAACGAGAUGGUAAGAAAAGUCGGUCCGAGCACUCUCUGUCGACCCUGGACCAGGACCUGGGUGAUCUGGAUCAGGAGUGCAGCCAGAGGCUCACAGAGCUGAAGGAGCAGCAGCAGCAACAGCUCCUCACACUUCGCCAGGAGCAGUACUACAGCGAGAAGUACCAGAAACGAGAGCACAUCAAGCAGCUGGUUGAGAAGCUGACCACGAUCGCAGAGGAGUGCCAGAGUGCUCAGCUCAAAAAGCUCAGAGACAUCUGUGAGAAAGAAAAGAAGGAUCUGAAGAAGAAAAUGGACAAGAAAAGACAAGAGAAGAUCAAUGAAGCCAAAUCUAAAGACAAGAACAUGACAGAGGAAGAGAAGCUGGAGAUCAACAGAUCGUUUGUCAACGAGGUGGUGCAGUACAUCAAACGGUUGGAAGACGCACAGAGUAAAAGGCAGGAGAGACUACUGGAGAAGCACAAGGACAUCCGCCAGCAGAUCGUGGACGAAAGGCCAAAGACAGGCAUAAAUCAGAAGUGUUCUGCUGGAGACAGCCCCAUAACCACCCACUCUCAGAGUGACAGCUCCUUGUUCCUUUGAAGCCACUUCCAGUUGAGUGUGGGAGGUGCAGCAUAGACAUCCAACACCUCACAUGCA